AUGUCGGACAAUCCUCCUUUCACCGAAUCCCCCCGCCCUCAGUUUCCCGCCCAUAAUGAACCACGAGUAUGGGUGAUCACUGCUGGGGAUUCGCCCAUUGGGAUCUCAGUCAUACGCCAAAUCCUCACGCACGGCGAUUACGCAUUGGUUGGGUUAGCACAUUCGAGUCUAGAACGGGACGAUUGCCGUCGAGAUGAAUUCGAGUCUUUCCUAGCCGAGAUUGAUAGUCACAGCCAUGAGGGGUGGCGACAGCGAUUCAAGUCCGUCCCUUUCGAUAUAAGGAUGAUAGGAGAAUGUCAAGCACUUGUGGCAGAUGCCGUUACAACAUUCGGCAAGAUAGACAUUCUUCUUUGCUGUACAAGUCAAACCCUAGUAGGGGCGGUGGAGGAGUUCGGGGCCUCCCAACAAACGCUGAACAUGGUUCGGGACCAAUUCGAAAUCAACUAUUUCGGGCCCCUUAGCAUUAUAAAAGCAGCGCUUCCCCAUAUGAGGAAGCAGAAAACUGGGCACAUCAUGAUUCUCUCGGGGAUUACCGCCCAUAUCGGCACGCCAGGGCUUGGGAUGUACUGCGCAGCCGGAUGGGCUCUUGAAGGGUUUUGCGACAGUCUUGCAUACGAGAUAGCUCCCUUCAACCUCAAACUCACAAUUAUCCAAUGUAGUAUCGAAAUUGGCAUUCUCACGAAUCUAGUUACUAGCGUGCCUCCAAUAGUUCCCGCAUAUUCACCAGCUUCAAACCAAGCACCCCUUUUCCGCGGUAUGUUAAACCGACUUGUGCCUCGUCUGCCCAACACACACACCGAAACGAAUGGAACCCAAGAAACUGGCCAAAUUGCCUCCGUUGAUAAUGGACCAUUUUCACGCCCUGAAGUUACGGCAAUGUAUCCUCCACUCAGCUCUGCACAUAUGGAGGUCUUGGUCGCAGAAACGGUAUAUGCCAUCACCGCGAUAGGUGGGCAUGAAAACCCACCCUCGCGCCAUAUAGUAGGGCAGGAGGGUGUUGCGAGUGUGAAGGAAAAGCUGAAAACUGUUAGCGAGGAGCUGGAGGACUUCAUACAGUCUAGCUAUGCCGUUGAUUACGCUGCUGGCGGCGAUCAUAAAAGGACGUCCAAGGACGAAGCUAUUUUCGGCAUGGGGACAGGCAAUGGUGGGGUCUAG